CAGAAGACAUUCAGCAUUUGCAAAGAAAGAAUGAGGCCUGUCAAAGCAGCUUUGAAACAACUUGAUAGGCCUGAGAAAGGCCUUUCAGAAAGAGAACAACUAGAGCAUACUAGACAAUGUUUAAUAAAAAUUGGAGACCAUAUCACAGAAUGUCUGAAGGAGUAUACAAAUCCUGAACAAAUCAAACAGUGGAGAAAAAACCUGUGGAUUUUUGUAUCUAAGUUUACUGAGUUUGAUGCAAGAAAGUUGCAUAAGUUAUAUAAGCAUGCUAUUAAAAAACGGCAGGAAUCUCAGCAAAAUAAUGACCAGAACAGCAACUUGAAUGCUCCAGUGAUUAGAAAUCCAGAUGUGGACAGAUUGAAAGAGAAUACAAAUCAUGAUGAUAGCAGCAGGGACAGUUAUUCUUCUGAUAGACACUUAUCUCAGUAUCAUGAUCAUCAUAAAGACCGACAUCAGGGAGAUUCUUACAAAAAGAGUGACUCCAGGAAAAGACCCUAUUCUUCUUUCAGUAAUGGCAAAGAUCAUCGUGACUGGGAUCACUACAAGCAAGACAGCAGAUAUUACAGUGAUAGAGAGAAACAUAGAAAACUGGAUGAUCACAGGAGUAGAGAUCACAGAUCAAAUUUGGAAGGAAAUUUAAAAGAUAGAUCUCAUUCAGAUCAUCGCUCUCAUUCAGAUCAUCGGUUACAUUCAGAUCAUCGGUCAAGUUCUGAAUAUGCACAUCAUAAAUCUUCCAGGGAUUAUAGGUAUCACUCAGAUUGGCAAAUGGACCACAGAGCUUCCAGUAGUGGGCCUAGGUCACCACUAGAUCAGAGGUCUCCUUAUGGCUCCAGAUCUCCAUUUGAACACUCAAUUGAACACAAAAGUACACCUGAGCAUACCUGGAGUAAUCGGAAAACAUAACAAAAACUGAUGUGUUGUCUUUCUGGACUUUUCUGUUAGCCAUAUAUCAUAAACCAACACAGUAAUUGCCUUACAUGACUUGAAAGAUAUAAACAGAUCUUCUAUCAGUAGCAGUAUUGUUACUUCUUUCCAGGAUGCAAGGUCUAUUAUCCCAACAGAAGAGAAAAUAUUUUUAUAUUUAAGGAUUAUGCUGCACUGUACUACAAAUAUUGUAGUACUUUUUUUUUCUUUUUUAAAGAAAUGGAAAAUGUUUACUAUUACAGGGACCUCAACACUGCCCUUCCAUAUAGGCUGGAUAAAACUGUUUUUAAGUCAGUGAUUUUAGACUGACCUCCAUUUAAAUUAUGUUUGUAUAUGAACUUUACUCUGACCUGUGAUCAUGUUUCAGGAAGGAAUGAAAGAGAGUUCUUUUCUUAAUAAAGAAAAAACACUCAAGGAUUUUGUUCACUUUCCAAAGCUACUUGUUUACAUUGUACACUGCGACCACCUUGCCGCUUUUCAUCACAAGCUUGAAUAUUUAAAUUCUGUACUUAUAUCUGUAAGAUAGCCAGGAACUUCCUGUUUGUGAUCUAUUAUUAUGCCUUUUUACAUACACAAAAAAAUUGACUGUAAAUUAUUGUAAAUGUAUUAAAUGAGCUUUCCUUCCUUCCCUUUCUCAGGCUUUUUUUGACUGUUCCUUUCCCUACCAACUCAGGCCUUCUUAUUGUUUAAAAAAAAUUAGUGUAAUAACACUUUUUAAUGAUUUGUCUUGAUGGAAUCAUUGUUUAGAAUGUAAAAAAUGGGGAAAGGGGCCACUUAAUUCCAUUAGUCCUCUUUUUAUAUCAACUAUUUUAUUAAAUACAUGUUAUUUCUUUCUUUUUUCUUUUUAUUUUUUGGUCAAUAUUGUGUUUGUAGUAACAGAAUACUGAGAUAAUAAUGUAAGAUCUAAACUGCAUGCUCUGGAAACAUUACUUUCAGAUGCAUUUGGUUUAAAAGGGUAGGUGUAUGAACACUUUCAGAAUCCAAAACAGCCAAAAGUUAUUGUAAAUCCAUUUGUUUUCCCUUUUCAUGUGGGCAAUAAUGUCAAAUGUGCUAUGCAGCCAGGUAACAUUUUAGAUAAACUUGAUUGACUUUUAAUAUAAACUGUUACAAUGCACACUGAUUGUAUAUAAAAACCUUAUAUAUGACAAAUUAAAUUUAAGAAAAAGGAUAUGUGGGCUCCUGUAAUUUUCUGCUGCAUUUUUAUUCCCUCAAGCACUUAACUUUUUUUUUAAGUAGUAACAUUUAUCUGCCAGAAAAAAAAAGGAUAUUUUGAUAAGCAA